AGGGGACAUCGUGACAAAGCAAGUUGUCUGGUGUCAUGAAUUUGGAACACCAUUAAGUGAUCUCCACUGAAGGUUACAUUCCGCCACGAUCAGCCUUUUGAGGAGGCCUCGCCACCAGCGCAGGGGAGGGGAAGCCUAACGGAAGGUAAUUUUGUCAGUGCCUGCUAAUUAGUUUUACCCUGGAGACUUUAACUUUCUACAAAGUUUUUUAAAAGUACUUUCGAAAUUCAGCGUGAUCUUUUUCACCGUUUUCAGAUCUUUUUAAGAUUCUAGACCAAAAUUGAAACAAUGGGUGACCUUACUCAGCUAAUGGACAAUGAAGUAUUCAGGGCUUUUGCGUCCUAUGCGGCAAUUAUUCUUUCAAAGAUGAUGCUUAUGAGCACUGCAACUGCCUUCUAUAGAAUGACAAGAAAGGUUUUUGCCAACCCAGAAGACUGUGCAACAUUUGGCAAAGGAGAAAACGCCAAGAAGUAUCUUCGAACAGAUGACAGAGUAGAACGUGUACGCAGAGCCCACCUGAAUGACCUUGAAAAUAUUGUUCCAUUUCUUGGAAUUGGCCUUCUGUAUUCCCUGAGUGGUCCUGACCCCUCCAUAGCCAUCCUGCACUUCAGACUCUUUGUCGGAGCACGGAUCUACCAUACCAUUGCGUAUUUGAUGCCCCUUCCCCAGCCAAACAGAGCUUUGGGCUUUCUUGUUGGAUAUGCAGUUACUCUUUCCAUGGCUUACAGAUUGCUGAAAAGUAGAUUGUACCUGUAAAGAGAUUCAUAUAACUCAUCAUCCAGUUGGUUUCUUAAGAAUUCUCUACUUCCAAUUUAUAAUGAAUACUUCCUUAGGUUUUAGGUAAGAGAGAAGCAGAGGAAUUAUGAACUGGGGUAAAUCCAUUUUGAAUAUUAGCAUUGCUAGUAUCCUGUACUCUUGAUUUACAUUUGGAUUAGAAAUUUAACAUAAUAAUUCUUAUGUCUUUUGUCUGGUUUUUAAAGUACUUUCUUAUAAAUUUUAAUCACGUUAUGAUUUGUGACAUUCACUCAACACUGCACUUUUGAAUCUAUAAAAUAAUUGCAUGUAUGAGAAAAAUUUCAAUACUGCUGAAACGGAAAUAUGAAAUAAAAAAUUUAGAGAAUGA